UUUGUAUAAAAAUUGGUAAAGUACGAGAAUAAGCGUAUACAAUUCUCAAUAAUUCGAAAAAUGAAUUUGUUCCAGCUAACUUGUGAACGUGUGGAGAACGUUGUUAACGAUUUGCUAGGUAUAAGAAUUGGAUUUAAGCUUAAAUUUAGACUUUAUUUAAAAAGUAAAAAGAGUGGUGACAGUAGCUAUACGUGUGUGUGUCUCUUUUUUCAAAAAGAAAAAUAAACUUAAAAAGAUUGGCAAACAAAAAAUGCAAUUUUUAUUUUAGUGUUGUUUACAGAGUCUUAAGCAAUUUCACUUUCGUAACUUGUUUUUAAUAUUUUUUUAUCAGAAAUUUUGGACUCAAGCAUGUUGUAAUUGAAAAAGUGUAAACCUACAAAGAAAGAAAAAGCGAUUUAUUGUUAGACCAUGAUUUUGUUGAAAAGAAGAUUUUUGUUUUGUACAAUAAGUAAUGAGAACGAUUUGAAAACGAUUUGUUAAGUUUAUUGGAAUUAGCAGUAAAAGAAAUGUAGUUAUUACCAAAAGAAAAAAAUUAAAAAAAAUUAGCAAAAGAACGUAUGCAGCUGCCCCCUCGAAAAUCGGUAACGAAUCAGCUAAGACUCUAAGGAAUUUGUAAUCUUAAAGCUUUUGGGCUCAGUAAAUUCCCUUUCAAUGUAUGUAAACAGUAAAAAAAUAUAAUUUCACCGCGUACUUUCUAAUGUGUCUUCGCCAACUUUUGCAUAUAUAAACGGAGUGUUGUGCCAAAUCAUGCUACAUGUAUUUUAUAUUUGCUAGUGAAAUUACAUCCACUCAUUGAAUUUUCUGUUAUACCCUUCGCCGACGAUGGUGCAAUAGAUUGUUUUCGAUAUCAAAAUAUACGAAAAGAUAUUCGAACAUAUGCAUUCAUAAUAACUGGUAAUGAAGUGAUAUCAGGAUAUUGCACUAAAUCAAUAAAUAUUUGAUUCUAAGCUUGUAAGGGUUAUUCACGAACCGUUUAAAUGAAAUAUCAAAAAAUGGAGCCACAUGGUGAGAUAGGAAAAACAAGCACAGCUACUCUGCCUUCAUCUAAUACACCGCCUGCUUCCGUCGAAUCUGGUAAAAGUACAAAAAAACAACUUGCCGUAUAUAGCACUGGAGAGCAAAUAAAACAAAUGCUUUCAGGAGGUUUAGCAGCGGCGAUAACACGUUCCACUUGUCAGCCAUUUGAUGUUUUAAAAAUACGUUUUCAACUGCAAGUGGAGCCGUUGGGCACAACCGCUGCUUUAGCGAACAAUUCCAAAUAUAUUUCUAUAGCACAAGCGGUACGCACAAUAUUUCGCGAAGAGGGUGUCUUAGCCUUUUGGAAAGGACAUAAUCCCGCUCAAAUUCUAAGCAUUCUAUAUGGCAUAUGUCAGUUUUGGACCUAUGAACAGUUAAACUUGUUUGCCAAACAAACUGCUUUUCUGGAAAAUAAAGUUAAUUUGUCGAACUUCGUAAGUGGAGCAAUCGCGGGUAGUGCGGCCGUCAUUGUAACCACUCCCCUAGAUGUAAUACGUACUCGUCUUAUAGCCCAGGAUAUAAGUAAAGGUUAUCGCAAUGCUACACGAGCAGUAGUCGCUAUAAUGCAUCAGGAGGGGAUUACAGGCAUGUACCGGGGCUUAUCAUCAGCUUUAAUACAAAUUACUCCUCUAAUGGGUUCAAACUUUAUGUUUUAUCGCCUAUUUUCUCAGUCGGCUUGUCAAACAUUCCAUGUGGAAGAGCGUAGUCAGUUACCCACGUGGACAUUACUUAUAAUGGGGGCUUCUUCGGGGAUGCUUUCAAAAACUAUAGUUUAUCCAUUUGAUUUGAUUAAAAAACGCCUGCAAAUACAAGGCUUCGAAUCAAAUCGUCAAACAUUCGGUCAGAAUAUACGUUGCACAGGAGUGUUUAAUUGCCUUAGCGAAACGAUUAAAAUGGAGGGUUUUAGAGGUCUGUACAAAGGCGUGGCUCCAACCAUAUUAAAGUCAGGUUUAACUACUGCUUUGUACUUCAGUAUAUACGAUAAACUAAAGCAAUUGACUUGGCGCUCUUAGCAAAAACAAAAGCAGAAGUAAAAAAAAACUGUAAAAUUUUUAUAUAUU